UGACGCAACGCGCUGUCAAAGCUCAGUCCGUCAGCAGCGAGUUAGAAGGGCCGGAGAGUAAACAAGCUUUGGGUCGCCAUUUCCGUCUUUAAAGGUCCGCUCCUCGGUCGGCCAAGAGCAAGAUGGGGGCCGUGCUGGGUCUCUGCUCCAUGGCGAGCUGGAUUCCAUGUUUAUGUGGCAGUGCCCCAUGUUUACUGUGCCGAUGCUGCCCCAGUGGAAAUAACUCCACUAUAACAAGACUGAUAUAUGCACUCUUUUUGCUUCUUGGAGUCGCUGUGGCAUGUGUGAUGCUGAUACCAGGAAUGGAAGAACAGCUGAUGAAGAUUCCUGGGUUUUGUGAUCAUUCUGUGCACUGUGAUGUUCUAGUGGGGUACAAAGCUGUGUAUCGGGUCUGCUUUGGCUUGGCCAUGUUUUUUCUCUUGUUCUCCUUAUUGAUGAUCAAGGUGAAGAGUAGCAGUGAUCCAAGAGCAGCAGUACACAAUGGAUUCUGGUUCUUUAAAUUUGCUGCAGCAGUUGCUAUUACAGUUGGAGCAUUUUUUAUUCCUGAAGGACCCUUUACAACAGUUUGGUUUUAUGUAGGCAUGGCAGGUGGUUUCUGCUUCAUUCUUAUCCAGCUGGUUUUACUUAUUGACUUUGCCCAUUCCUGGAAUGAAUCUUGGGUGGAAAAAAUGGAGGAAGGCAACUCAAGAUGCUGGUAUGCAGCUUUGCUGUCUGCCACAGCUCUGAACUAUCUUUUGUCUCUGGUGGCAGUGGUCCUCUUUUAUGUUUAUUAUACUCAUCCAGAAGGCUGUUCUAAUAACAAGGCAUUCAUCAGUGUCAAUAUGCUGCUGUGUAUUGGAGCAUCUAUAAUAUCAAUUUUGCCUAAGAUCCAGGAAUCACAGCCAAGAUCUGGCUUGUUGCAGUCAUCUGUGAUUACAGUUUACACAAUGUAUCUAACUUGGGCAGCAAUGACCAAUGAACCAGACCGAGAAUGCAAUCCAAGCUUGCUCAACAUAAUUGGCUAUAAUUCCACAAGCACUCCAAGUAAGACCGGUUUCGUCCACUGGUGGGAUGCUCAAGGAAUUGUAGGGCUCAUCCUGUUUUUACUCUGUGUUCUCUACUCGAGCAUCCGAACAUCCAAUAACAGUCAAGUAAAUAAAUUGACCCUGACCAGUGAUGAGUCAACCCUGAUAGAAGAUGGACUUCCGAGGAGUGAAGGCUCUCUUGAUGAUGGGGAUGAUUACAAUCGUGCUGUUGACAAUGAGAGAGAUGGAGUUACUUACAGUUACUCAUUCUUCCAUUUUAUGCUUUUCCUUGCUUCACUUUACAUCAUGAUGACUCUCACCAACUGGUAUAGCCCUGACCCUACUUCUGCAGCAAUGACAAGUACAUGGCCAUCCGUCUGGGUGAAGAUCUCUUCUAGCUGGAUUGGGAUUGUUCUCUACGUGUGGACUCUGGUUGCGCCACUUGUUCUUACAAACCGUGAAUUUGACUAAGCUAGGCAUCUCAUCUAUAAGUUUUGCAUUUUUGUUGCUUAUUGAAGCUAACAGUAUUCCGCACUAGGAUGUAACUGUACAUAUAUGUGUGUAGUAUCUGUGUGCAUUAUUCUGUCUUAAUUCUGCAUGUUUGCUUUUAAAUCAUACCAUAUUGCCAUUUUGGUGAUUUUCUUCUAGGUGAGCUUGAUGACGUGUGCUAGAUACAGGGCCAAAAUAUAUGUGGUAGUAAUGCUUUUGUGAGUUACAUGCAACAUGCUAGUAGAAAACAUAGGUGAGGUGGUGCUGUUCUGCUGGUGAUUUAAUGUUGCACUAGUGGUGGUGCCAAUGAUAGUAAACUACCUGGACAAAUGACACCUAGAUUAAUCAACUUGUGAAGGUGUAUGAUGGAAGGACUUCUAUGAUAGAUCAAUAUUGUAUUUGACACUUUUGCAAGGCUGAAAAUGGUGUUUCUACUUUCUAUAAGUGAUAGAAGCUUUACUGUAGCAGAAUAACAGCAUUGGAUAUCAUCCAAUGUUUUAAGCAUAGUGCUUGUUUAUUUUCAUCUAUAGAUCAUUUUGGCACAUUUAAAAAGUAUCCCUUGCUGCUGCUGCUGCUUUCCACCUGAUGGAUUCCUUUCUGUGUUUUGACACAGAUGCUGGCAGUUCCUACCCAUUUUGGUGUCUGCUAUUGUAUACUAAGGCUGAGUCACAAUGAGAUGUUUCUUUUCAUUAAACUAUUCACACAAAGGACUUCCCUCACUUAAGUCAGUAAUCUUUCAGGGAAGCAGUUGAAAAUUAAAGGUUUUCUCGCCUUUUUGGUGGUAUCUACAGAGCCACCUGCCAUGUGUUUGGUGUUCCUGUCCCUUUUGGCAAGGAAAUGGAAAGGAAAGUUCAUAAUCACAACAAAUUAUCUUCCUUCAGUUGGCUAGAGCUCAGUUGAUUGCCAAUAUUCUGUGUGCCUCAAGUAGGGAACACAGUAAAAUCUGUUGCAUGUUGCCUCCACCCUUUCUGGAGAAAGUGUGAUGCUAGAAGUGGUAAAGUGAUGUUUUUCUUUCCCCAACCCAAUCUGGUGAGUGCUGGCCUUUCUGAAAAAGUUCUGUUGGUGUGAAAUGUUAUACUUGAAUACAAAAUCCCCACAGAUGCCUGUCCCAGCCUUGCUACGUCCUACUGGGACACUUUUACAUCUUGGCAUGUGUUUUCAAAAGUAUUUUAAUGACUGUAAAUAGGGCAAGUAUUAGAUGUUAUAAUCUGAUGGGGGUGGAGGUACAGUGUUCGAAGUAAGAUAGGGGUGUCUCUGUCAGCCAUUGAACUUGAUUGCAGAAGUUAAUUUCAGUAAUAAUUUUUACAUUGUUGGUAUAAUACUAGCUUCGUUCUAAGAUGGAAUAUUAAAAAUACAUUACUUUUGCAUUCAUGAUGUGUGCCAUAGAAACGAGAGGGAAUUGAAGCUAUGGAAGAAAGGAGCUUCUGAGGUUAUUGCAUUACCAUAGCUGAAGUAGAUGUGGAUGAUUGUUUGGAAGCGUCUGAUGCUGAAUAUGAAUUGAAUACUAGAUAACUCAGUUAAAAUAAACUGACCUAUGAGAGCUGGGAACUUGGCUAAAUAAGCAGUGCAGAAGCAAAGAAGUCUCAGAUUUAUCAAUAAGCUCAUGAGCCUUUAUUUUUGUUGAACAAGUUUCAGAGAAGACAGUAAUGGAGGAAGGAGCAGAGCUAAUAGAGAGGAAUAAUGUAUAUGUACUUCAGUGCUUAUGGCCAUGAAACUGUGUUUUUAAAAUAAGACAAUGAAAUAAUAUUUCAGUUGACUGAUGGAGUUGUCAGUGCGUCCGAGAAAACAGCAGCCUCUUGUGGCUGAGCUGGGGGGAGGGGACUUUAAUUUACAGCACAAGCAAAUUCCUCAUCACACUUGCCCCCUCACAGAGCCUGACUCUCAGUUCAGGCAUUCAGAAACAACAGGCUAUAGGCAACAAAGCCAACUGCUGACAGUGGCUUUUCUUCUUCCUACUUUUCCUUUUGGGCCAUAGAAGGUAUCCCUUCGCCAUCAAGGUGUUAUUCUAGUUGUGGUUUGAGUUGCUGAAUUCUAGUGGCAGCCUGCUCUUGUUUUAUUUAUUUUAGAUGGGGAAAUGUAUCUGUGGCUGUGUGCACAUGUGUGUGCAAAGAGAAUUGGUUGGAUGCACUCUGCCUGUUGAAGGAUCUAAUUUCUGUUCUCGUAGACAUGUGUAAACUUAGGGUCUUUACUAAAAAGAAAGGGAACAUUUCUUUUUAAGGUUACAUUUGGAAUUGUGAAAAUCUUGCAUGGAUAUGCACCAUGAAUAUUAGUUGUCAUUUUGCCUGGUUUUACUUUUACGUGCAGUGUAGAAUUAGUGCAAUUUAAUAGUGCAUGUUCUUAGAUGCUUUGUUUUUGUAUUCCUUUGAUACUAUCAGUUUUAUUUUUUAACUUAAUCACUGCUGAAAGUAUUUAGCAUUAGUAAUAAUUGCAAGAACUUGAAAUACAAAGUUGGCUUGAGAAGCCAGUGGUUUUAGGCAGAAGAGCAGCUAAUUAUGCUUUCAUACACCCUUGUGGCUCAGAUAUACUAUUUGAGUGGGGAAUGCUUAGCUUUGUUUGAAAGUCAAAGAUAGCCAUGCCUUUCUUUUCACUUAAACCAUUCUGGGUACAUUGCCAAGUAUUUUUAGUUGAGCAACUGUAUUCUAUAGCUGACCAUUACAAGGUUGUAACCAAUACCUUUGUCCGAGGCCAUUUUAUUUUCAGCGUAAUCUAGUACUGCUGCUAAUCCUUUUUCUGUCCAUUGCUGGUAAAGGAUUUUACUCAAAAAAUCCUUUGUCUGUAUACCUGGAAACUUCUAGGUCUGUUUUAUUGUUUAGUGUAUUUUGCUUUAACUGGAAAUAUAAUUAUAGCUUGCUCCAACUGAGGAUUGUCAAAGUGGGAUGAAACAAUUGUUUUCAUUUCAGCAUUCUUUACCCUGGUGUGCAUUUUAUGAUGAUUAUUAAUAUUUUCCACAUCUGUUCAAAAUCAUUGUAUAUGCUGAAAUGCUAGGAUCACUAUGAAUGAAAUGUGGAAUUUUAAUAUUUAGUCACAUAAGAUCAUGUAUGCUGUAUGCUGUCAAUAAACAUUCACACUACA